AGGCCGUGGUUAAGGCAAAAACCAUGGGUUCUUGACUAACCACCCACCCAGCGAUGGGAAGAUCUUCCCAUCGAUGGGUAAGCGGUCCCUUAGCCAAACCAAUUUCCAGAACCAUGCCAAACAGCGAUGGGAAGUUCUACCCAUCGCUGUUCAAGCCUUGGUGCAAAAUUAUCACAAGGCAGAACAACCUUGCCCAGCGAUGGGAAACCUAUCCCAUCAAUGGGAACCCAGCGAUGUUAAGAAGUGGUUUGGAGACCACAAGGGUAAGUGUUGAUUUAAAUUUGGAGAAUCAGGUCAGUAUAUCUGAGGUUGCUACUUCUUUUGAUUCUGAAUUAGAAUCUGAAACUGAGGUAAUUGUUUCUCCUGUCAAAUCACAUAAUAACAUGGCAACUUUAAGGGAACUAGCUGCACCUGACCUUCAGGCCCAGCCCAUGUCCAUUACUUAUGCUGUUUUGGAAAAACCAUUGAAAUUAAACUCUGGAUUUUUGAAUAUGCUUCCCAAGUUUCAUGGCCUGCCUGGUGAAGACCCUUAUAGACAUGUUAAUGAGUUCCUCAUAACAUGUGCAGCCAUGGAACCUGAAGAAGUUCCUCAAGAACAAAUCAGACUUAGGGCCUUUCCCUUUUCAGUGAUGGACAGAGCAAAAGAUUGGCUGUACUAUAUGCCUCCUGGAUCUUUUACAACCUGGCCAUCACUGCAUAGGGCAUUUUUAGAGGAGUUCUUUCCUGCCUCUAGAAUAGAAUCUAUUAGGAAGGACAUCUGUGGGAUAAAACAAAUGGGGAAUGAAUCAUUUUCUGAAUAUUGGAAGAGAUUCAAUAAACUCUGUGCUAGUUGUCCUCAGCAUCAAAUCUCUGAACAGCUGCUCAUCCAGUACUUCUAUGAAGGGUUAUCCCUAAUGGAUAGAAGUAUGGUAGAUGCUGCUAGUGGUGGUGCUCUAGUU